GACUAUACCUCGGGAGAGCAACUUUGACAGUGCACUGAAUCUGGUCGUAGCAAUCAUGUUUCCAGGAACUUGCCUUUUUUAUCAAUAAAUGUUUAAUUAAUACAUUUCACUAUAUCAGGGUCCAUUCCUCCUUCAAUCCCUCGCUUUAUUUAUUAUUCAUUAAACACCCAAACCGGCCUUAUCUUCAAUCCAACAAAUUAAAUCUCCACCUCUUUCUUCUCAAUCCCCAGUUCUUGAUCGAUCUUAACAUGGAGGCUCUACUCCAAGAAUUCUAUGCCAACACGAAUGGUUUCAUGUUGAAUCGCCAUUCAGAGCCUGCAGCAAACCCGAAGUUAAAUGGGCAAAAAAGACGGGAUCUUGACAGUUUUCAGGAUUUUCCGGCCACCGGAGAAGAAGAAGAAGACUAUGGGGAUUACUCCGACGCGGUGUUGAAGUACAUAAACCAGAUGCUAAUGGAGGAGGAGGACUUGGAGAACCGGCCGUGUAUGCUCCAUGAUUGCAUUGCUCUCCAGGCCACCGAGAAAUACUUCUCCGAUGUCCUCCAUGGCCAUGGCCAUGGCGAUCUGACCAGCUCUAACGCUUCUUCUGAUCCCAACGACUAUGGCGGCUCUUCAGAUUCUCUGUUGAGUCCACCUGAGACCCAAUCUGGGUCGGUUUCGCCCGGAAGCGAUGGAGAUUUUCCGGCUACUAAUCUCGUUCUACCUGACAAUAACGCCAUGGAAGAUCGUUCACCGCCAAAGGGGAAGAGAAAUCACUACUCGAACAUGGAAGAUGAAUCUGCAGAGAAGCAGAGGAAUAAGCAGUUGGCAACUUACAACGACGACGAAACAGAGCCGCCAUUAGAGAAGCUCAACGAAGUUCUCCUCUGCAACUCGCAAGAACCCAGGAAGAAACCCGAGGGCGCGGCGGCUCCUCCUCCUCGCCGCCGCCGCAAGAAACGAGAACCGCAGAAGGAAGUGGUGGACCUGAGAGGCCUAUUAACUCAAUGCGCGCAGGCUAUGGCGAACUACGACGGCCGGGCGGUGACGGAGCUUCUGGCGAAGAUCAGACACCACUCUUCUCCGCGCGGCAACGGAAUGGAGAGGCUGGCGUUUUACCUCGCCAACGCGCUCGAGGCGCGGCUCAACGGCGCCGGCACGGCGAUCUUCACCCUCCAAUUCUCCGGCAACAUCUCGGCGGCGAACAUCCUCAAAGCUUACCAUAUGUACAUUAAAGCCAGCCCGUUCAAGAAAAUCUCAAAUAUUUACGCCAAUCAUUACAUCAUGAAAAUGGCGGCCGGAAAACACGCCCUGCACGUGAUUGAUUUCGGAGUUCUCUACGGUUUCCAAUGGCCGUGUAUGAUUCAAGGCCUCUCCAACCGCCCCGGCGGACCCCCCAAGCUCCGGAUCACCGGAAUCGAUCUCCCCCAGCCGGGGUUCAAGCCGGCAGAGAGAGUGGAGGCCACCGGAGCUAGGUUAAAGAAAUACUGCGAGCAAUUUAACGUCCCGUUUGAGUUCAAAGCCAUAGCUAAGAGAUGGGAAACCAUAAAACUCGAAGAUCUCGAGAUCGAGAGGGACGAAGUUCUCGCCGUGAACUGCCUGUUCCGUCUGGAGAACGUGCCGGACGAGACGGUGGUCCCCGACAGCCCGCGCGACAUCGUCCUAGGUUUAAUCAAACAAAUCCGCCCCGACAUCUUCAUCCACGGCGUCGGCAACGGCGCGUACAACUCCCCAUUCUUCACCACGCGGUUCCGGGAGGCCGUCUUCCACUUCUCCACCUUGUUCGACAUGUUCGAGGCCACCGUGCCGGCGGAGGACGAGGACCGGAGGCUGUUCGAGGAGACGGUGCUGGGGAGAAACGCGCUGAACGUGAUAGCUUGCGAGGGGACUGCGAGGGUGGAGCGGCCGGAGACGUACAAGCAGUGGCAGGGGAGAAACAAGAGGGCCGGAUUCCGGCAGGUGGCGCUAGAUCAAGAACUCGUGAAGAUCGUGAAGGAUAAGGCGAGAUCGGAUUACCAUAAGGAUUUCUCGGUGGACGGCGACGGGAAGUGGUUGUUGCAGGGGUGGAAAGGGCGUGUGGUUUAUGCUCUCUCUUGCUGGAAACCUGCCCUCGACUGAUUUUUCAUAUUUCAAGUAUAAUGUAAAUAUAAAUGUUACCAAUUUAGAUAAUUUAUCUAUAUUCUAAAUUGCCAUCAUUGAAAUAUAAUAAUGAGUUUUCUUAUGA